GAGUAAGCAAAGACAAAGAAGCAUCAUCGGAAGUUUGAAUAUAAUACGAGUGACAAAAUGAUGUACUUUCUGUUAGCUUUUUUUAUUUUAUUUAGUUUGGGGGAAGGAAAGUUUUGCGAGACAGAUGUCGAUUGCGAGAAGGGCGAAUGUUGUGUUCUCCUCUCCGGUACUAUCAUACAUAGAGGAUAUUGUCACAAAUUGACAGAAGAAGGCGAACGUUGUUCCAUGCGCGAUGAAAUUACACAUGAGGAUCAUAUUCAUCACUUUUUUAAGUGUCCCUGUGCUGAUGGAUUGGAAUGUAAAGCAGAAGAGUCUCAAUCGGAGGAAUCCACAAUAUUUCGUAAGCCCAAAUGUGCCAAAAAAAGUACCCAGUAGGAAUAGGUCUUUAUUUAAAAUUGUAGCUUCAUCGAUUUUAAAAUUAAUUCCUCUUUCUUUAUAAUAUAGAAUAAAAUGUAUUCAA